CUGCUCCUGCACGGCGCCCGUGGGACUCUGCGAUCGGCCCCAAGGGCUGGCAACCGCCCCGCUGCGGAAAGGGCAGCGUGCCCGCGGGACGGAACAUCCCCCCCUGCCGCCCCCUGAGGGCGGCUCCUUGGCGUGACAGCCCACUUUGCCCCGCGCCUGACACGCCUGAUUUCGGAAACUAGCAGCUGUUAAGCAGUAGGAAGAUUUGUUACCUCUGGAGACGUUAGUGCUCACCUAGGCUGGCAGAGAAGCACCAUCCAUCCCUUCAGAGAGCAAGGAGCACACCCACCUUUGAAAACAAGGUUCUGUGUACUGCACCAAGUGAAGUGACUCAAAAUGCCCCUCAAUGAUGACCAGAACAGUGAUUUUGAUUCUUCAAGGCUAUCUGAAAGCACAGCUUCUUCCAGUGACUCUGAAUAUUCAAGGCAGAGUUUUACUAGUGACUCUUCAAGCAAACCCAGCUCCCCAGCUUCAACAAGCCCUCCAAAAACUGUUACAUUUGAUGAAUUGAUGGCUGCUGCAAGAAACUUGUCAAAUUUGACUCUAGCUCAUGAAAUUGCUGUAAAUGAAAACUUUCACAUGGAACAUGUAGACCUCCCACAGAACAGCAGUUUGGAGGGUAGAGUGAAACAAAUUGUACAUAAGGCAUUCUGGGAUCAUUUGGAGUCAGAACUGAAUGAAGAUCCUCCAGAAUAUCAUCAUGCUAUCAAGCUCUUUGAAGAAAUUAAGGAGACUCUUCUUUCCUUUUUAACUCCUGGAGCGAACAGGAUUCGAAACCAAAUCUGUGAAGUCCUGGAUGCAGAUCUUAUAAGACAGCAGGCUGAGCAUGAUGCUGUUGACAUUCUUGGGCUAGCUAACUAUGUCAUCAACACUAUGGGGAAAUUAUGUGCUCCAGUAAGAGAUGAUGAUAUAAAACAGUUAAAAGCAACUGUCAAUAUUGUAGAAUUGUUCAGACAAAUAUUCCAUGUUCUGGACCUUAUGAAAAUGGAUAUGGUUAAUUAUACCAUUCAAAAUAUUAGACCACAGCUUCAGCGUAACUUGGUGGACUAUGAAAGAACAAAAUUCCAAGAAAUUCUUGAAGAAACACCAAGUGCUCUGGAUCUAACAACAGAGUGGAUAAAGGAGUCAAUAAAAGAUGAAUUGUUGUCUGUUUCUUGUGAAACCUCUUCAUCCCCUGGUGCUGAUGGUAGCUCUAAACCAAAUCUCAGUCCUACUCUGGUGCUAAACAAUGGCUACUUGAAACUGUUACAGUGGGAUUAUCAGAAAAAAGCAAUUCCAGAGACGUUAAUAACAGAUGAAGUUCGUCUUCAGAAGUUGAAAGAGAAGCUGAAUGAGUUACAGAUUAUAGCCUGUGUAUCUCUUAUAACUAGCAAUAUGGUAGGCCCAGCUAUUGUGGGCUUACCUGAUUUUGCUGACAAAUUAAAAAGGAUUUCAGCUGUUCUGCUGGAAGGGAUGAACAAGGAAAAAUUUGAUUUGAAGGAGGCUCUGAAUACUAUAGGUGUUCAGAUUUGCAGUGAGGUGAACAGGUCCCUGUCUGAGAGAGGAUUUCCCACUCUUAAUAUGGAAAUUCAAAACAGCCUAGUGGGUCAGAUCUGUAGCAUUGUUGAAGAAGAAAAUCCCAUCAGCUCCCUGAUUGAUAAACGAAUCCAGCUGUAUAUGAAAAGCCUUCUUACUCUUCCAGGCAUUCAGAAAUGUAUGCCUAUGAUUCCAGGAGGCCUUGCUGUGAUUCAGGUAGAGAUAGAGUCUAUUGGAUCUCAGUACGCAAGCAUUGUGAAUUUUAAUAAACAAGUGUAUGGACCAUUCUAUGCAAAUAUUCUUCGAAAACUGCUUUUUAGUGAGGCACCAAUGGGGAAAACAGAAACUGGUGAUUCUACUAAUUGAGGAAAAAGAAUGAUCUGGUUGUGCAUCCAGCCCUUUUCCUUCACAGUGUUUAUUACAAAGAUAUUGUGAACUCUGUUCCCUCAAUGUGCAUAAUUUACUCCAAUGACUGUUACCGAGACAGGGACAAACAGAGGUGUAUCCAAAGGCAAAUAGACCCUAUAAAGUGUGUACAAGUAAAGCUUCCAAAAUUCAUUGGAAGGAAACUAAUUAAUAUAUAUUUUUUCAUGAACUAAAUCUGUUUAAUGGAUUUUAACACUCAUUGUACCUGAUCACUGUAAAUGUCUUCUUCCUAAGCAAGCAUUUUUGACUUAGUGUAGAUUUGGAAAAGUACCUCUUGGUUUUACCACCAUUACAAUUUAAUCAAUGGAACUCUUUGCACUCUUCUUAAAAAAAAUUACUAAAUACAUUAUGUAUACUGGUGCAGUGACAUAAGAUGAAAUUUUAGUUCAUAUGUACUUAACUUACAGUGCUCUAUUGGUGACACUACAUAACUGAAUAUGGAUCACUUCUUGAAAGACUUAGAGAGGAAAAUAUAGUGUAAUUGAACUUGUAACAAAGUAAAGAAUGAAAUUAGGCCAAAUUCUGAUCCCAAUAACUAUAUCAGGAUUUUACCUAUCUUUCACUAGCGCAUGCCAACAUUACUAUAAAUGGUGUUAAGUGUACCAGUUACAGAGUGAAUACGUCUUGCAAAAUAGAAACAUUUCAGAAUUUUGUCAAAUGUAAUCCAGCAAUAAAAGAUAAGUCUAACAAUUCUUUUAUUCAUAGAAAACUAACUUGGGUGCUGACUUCAAUUUCCUUACACAAACAAAUGGUUCUAAAAGUUCUCUAAUAGAGGUCAUAUUGUCCUUUAAUUUAAACAUUUGGGGGCCUAAUCUGCUUUUUAUACAUGUAGCAGUUGCGCCUUUGAUCUUCAGAGAUGCUUAAGCACCUCUGAAUUGGGACUUUAAGCCUUUGAUCUUGAAAGCAUUUAAGCACAAGAGUAGCCUUACUGACUUCAAGGGAACAAUUUGUGCUUAAAAUUAAGCAUGUAUUUAAAUAUCUUACUGGAUUGGGGCCUAAAUUUUGAAUGUGAGUAGUGAUUUUGUUCACUGACUGGAUAUUUCAAUUUUUUGGGUCUCAAGUUCCGCAGCCAAAAUCUGUCACUAAUCACUUUUGGAAAUUUAAGCCAAAAGCUAUUAAUUCCAUACUCGUUAGGCAAAUGCUGUAGCCUAGAAGCUGGCAUGAUGCAAAGCCGCUGGAGACCAUAGAAAGACUCCCACUGUCAUGAAUGGGCUUUGGAGCAGGCCCAUUGGGUCAUUGGAGUCUUGCAGAGAUUGUUGGAUUGGACCUUUGAUAUGGGAAUAAACUUCAAAAAAUCUACACAAUAUAGACAAAUUAUUUUGCAUAUCUCACAUUACUAGAUAUGAGUGCUGAAAUAUUCAGUGUAAAAUGUUCCCAUCUUGAUCAGAGUUAAUCAAAUAUACUCAAAAUAUAUAAUUGUAGUAUUUGUGACUGUUAAAUAGUGAAUUAAUCCUAUUUUUAAAUGUCAAAAAAUGUAAACUUUGGCUGGUACAAGUUUCCAGAUAUCUUCCUAGUGUUUUAUAUACAGUAUAUUUUUAUUUAAAAAAUAAACUUUGCCCAUAUGGGAUUAAUGUGCCACACACAAUAUAUAGCACAACUAGUGUAUCUCCCAUGAAAAUUUAAAAUAGCUGGGCAUUAGAAGCACUUUGGGUUUAUAGUCCAACCUCCUUUUUACAGAAUUAGGUUGUGUUUUUGUUUUGUUUAGCAGGGAAAACAUACUUUUUAGACAAGAGUUUCUCAAACUGAGGCUGGUGUCCCAGGAAAAACAAAGCAGGACUUAUUUUUAACUUUUUUUGGAUGGUUUCCAUGUGGGACUAAGCAACAGCAGACUCAUGUAUUAAGUGCACACUCUUCUGGAUUCAUGUCAAAAGCUACUACUGACAUUCUAUCAAUGUACAUGUGGGGGUGGAGGGAGGCUAAAAAGUCUCAAAUUGCAACACUUCUCAAUGACUUCUGACCCCAUUUCCUCUUUAUGCCAUGUUAAAAAUAUUGCACCAAAUAGAUGAGUACAGUUUUUAGUCUGAGAAACUCAAAAUUGAAAGGAGCUGUUACAGUGUAACAAGUGUGCCAGGGAAGUGGUAUAUUCUUGUCUUCAUGAAUAUGGGACUUCAGUACAUGUAUCAAGAGAAGAAUAUAUCCCAAAAGCUGAAAAGGGAAGUUCUGUUAGUAAUUCCGUAACCUUGGGAAAUCCAACUUUUCUAAAUUUGUGCUUUGGGCCUAAAGAAAAGAUUUUAUGUUGAAAAUGUACAAAAAAUUGUAUUGUAACUUUCUUAUCAUAGCAAUUUACCUUUCUAAACUUUCUAGUGUAAAACAGAAAAAUUUACUCUGGUGAGAUCAGUUGGAGCAUAGUUUAUAAACCUCUGGUCUAAAACAUCUGGGAAAUUGUCACUGUAACUUCCCACUAGAAAAUGAGAACACAAUAGUUCGUUUGCAUUGAUGUGACUUUUUUUUUUUUUUUUGAAGGGCAUUUUAUAGCAUGGUAUAGGUUGGAGAUCACUUAAACAUUACAAUUAGGAUAUAUUUUAAUAGUGCUUUGGAUGUAGAUGUUUCCUCUAACUUCAUCUGUUGCAUGCUCAUGGAUCAAAUGUUUACCUCCCGUCUAAAUUUUGCUUCUUGAAAAUAGACAAUUAUGUAGCAGUAGCUUUAUUAGAAAAAGUACAAAUGAAUUUUUGUGGUGUGCAUUUGUGUUGUUUUGGUUUUGUAUGCAUUAAAAGUCUGUUUGUAGUAAAACUUUGGAGAUAAGUCAUUCAUGCAAGCUGGUUCUCAAUUUAAAUAUAAUGCAGUCAGCUAUUUUGAUACAUUAUUGCAAAAUGACUUCUGUAACUUUUCUCUUUUUUCAAGGAGUCCUUCAGGAAUGUAUCCUAUUUAAAUAAAAUGGAAGAGCAGUUUUAAAUGUAGUUGUAGAAGUGGCUUAAAAUAGCACGUUCUGACUCAAAUCUGUUUUCUAAUUAUGUAUUGUGACAUACCAGGUGCAUUCCAGACUAAUGAGGAGCUUUAUCACUCCUGCCCUGCAAGCCUGGGUGACUUACAAUGCCUUGCUGAAGUAGCUCCUAUCAGGGUCGUUCACAGACACCCUUCCAACAUACAAGCCACACCCUAUGUGUCUGUGUAACUGCAGGCUGCCAGCGACACUUGAGUUACACACUGACUCUCACCAGCCUUAGUUUAUAUGGCAGGGUGACCGCAACACACCCCCAGUCCCAGGUUUCUCCCCAGAAAUGUGUCCUGUACUGCCCAGCCCUCUCCUAGAUAUUAUGUAGUAUCUUAAAUCUGUUAUUCUUUAAAGGGAAUAAUAUGCCAUUUUCUUAUCUCAUAGUUAUUCAGACACUUCAAUUUAAACACCCUGGAUUAGAUAAAAUUGCAAAAAAAUGUAUUAACUACAAAGAGAUUUUAAGCAAGUAAGAGUAAUGAGGCAUAAAAGUCAGAAAUGGUUAUAAGAAAAAUAAACAAACAUAAGAUGUUUAGUAAUACCUAACUUAAUAAACUACAACAGAUUCACCACAUGCUUUCAGCCAUCAUAUUGAUCAACCCCUGUAGGUCAGGACCACCCGCACCCUAGAGUCCAACAAAUGUUUCCUUUUUUGCUUCAGAUGCACUAAAUGCAAUGGGCAGGUGGAGAGAGUGGGGCCUUGGGGCACAUGUCCCUCCUUUUUCUAGUUUGUCCCUCUCUUGAAAAACAUUUCCAACUAGUCAAUAGGAGACAGAGGCUAUGUGGAAGGAUGUUCCCUGCUGGGUUUUUCUCACCUGUUUGAGCUUUCUUUGCUUCCCUUCCUGCUGGAUGACUGUGUUUACUGCUUAAAUACAAAUUAGGCAAAGCCCACAUUCCUUUGUUUAGGACAGACCAGUCUACCAACCUCAGUUUGGGCAGGGGUAUGGAACAUGUCUUAAUAACAUUACAGGCAAAUCUUAUAACAUUACAUACAAUGUUGCCAUGCAUACUUUAUCAGGAUUAUACUGACUUGCAAAUUAUGAAUUUUCAAAUAAUACAAGACCUGCCUUGUAAUACAUUUUGUACAAUAAUGUGUAGGAUGCGAACAUGGGUAUUUUCUGUCACAUGUAUAGAGUUAGUCAUAGCCAUCCAUUACUGUAAUAUCUGGGGCCCAGAUCCUCAAAAGCAUUUAGGCUCUUAACUUCCAUUGAAAUCAACAGAAGUUAGGAGCCCAAAUACCUUUUGAGGAUCUGGGCCUGACUGCCUUACACUUAAUGGAUUUUAUUCUCACGUGCAUCCCUUUGUCUAUUAGUGACGUACAUUUUUUUUUUUUACAGCUGCUUCCUAUGUUGGCUUUGUAAUGCUAUAGCAAUUAAACUGAAUUCUAUUUCUCCUUU